AUGGCGUCACUGCCGCCACUGCUGUGCCUCUGUGUCGCUGCCGCGCACCUGGCGGGGGCCCGAGGCACCAGCCCCAUUGAGGAGCCCACAGAGACCAUGUGGGGUCUUGAAGGUUCAUUGGUGCGCCCUGGCCUGCCCUCACCAGCCCUGGAGGACUGGGAAGAGGCCAGCGAGUGGACGUCCUGGUUCAAUGUGGACCAUCCGGGCGGCGACGGCGACUUCGAGAGCCUGGCUGCAAUCCGCUUCUAUUACGGGCCGGCGCGCGUGUGCCAGCAGCCGCUGGCACUGGAGGCUCGCACCACUGACUGGGCCCUGCCGUCCACCGUCGGCGAGCGUGUGCACUUGAACCCAACGCGUGGUUUCUGGUGCCUCAACCGGGAGCAGCCGCGCGGCCGCCGCUGCUCCAACUACCACGUGCGCUUCCGCUGCCCUCUGGAGGCCGUGUGGGGUGCGUGGGGCCCGUGGGGUCCCUGUUCAGGGAGCUGCGGCCCAGGUCGUCGUUUGCGCCGCCGCCACUGCCCAAGCCCCAAUGGGGAUACUUGUCCUGGUCGUCCCCUGGAGGCGCAGAAGUGUGUGCGACCUCACUGUCCAGGGUGCAGCCUCAACGCGUGCACAUGCCCCAGUCACAGCCUUCUGGGCUCAGUGGUCACGCCAUCCGGCCGACCGCUCUCAGGGGCCAGGGUCUACCUAAGAGACUGGCCUGGCACUGUGACCACCAGUGAUGCCUAUGGAACCUUCCGGAUGCCUGGAGUCUGUGCCAGCAGCCGGACCAAUGUCAGCGCUCAAAUGGACGGCUUCUCUGCUGGUGUGGCCCAGGCCCAGGCCAACAGCUCCACAUCUGCUGUGGUCACUAUUGUUCUCCAUAAGCUGGAAAAGCCCUACCUGGUGAAGCACCCUGAGUCCCGAGUGCGAGAGGCGGGCCAGAAUGUGACCUUCUGCUGCAAAGCCUCAGGCAACCCCAUGCCCAAGAAAUACUCCUGGUUCCACAAUGGGACCCUGCUGGAAAAGCGAGAGCACAGGUAUGGGGCCCACCUGGAGCUGCGGGGACUGCGCCCAGACCAGGCAGGCACUUACCACUGCAAAGCAUCGAAUGACGCGGGCUUUGUGCACUCGGGUUCCGCCAGGCUCAUUGUGCUUGCCCCAGGACAGCCAGCCUGUGACCCCAAGCCUCGUGAGCACCUGAUCAAACUCCCAGAUGACUGCAGUCAGCCAGGCACUGGCCCUGCCUAUCUGGAUGUGGGUCUCUGCCCUGACACCCUCUGCCCCAGCCCUGCAGGCUCCAGCCCCAGGUGUGGGGACCCAGGCUCGCGUUGCUGCUCAGUGCGCCGCCUGGAAAGCAGGGAGAUUCAUUGCUCCAGCUAUGUCCUUCCUGUCAAGGUGGUGGCUGAGUGUGGCUGCCAGAAAUGCCUGCCCCCUCGAGGGCUGGUCCGGGGACGUGUGGUGGCCGCUGACUCAGGGGAGCCCCUGCGCUUUGCCCAGAUCCUGCUGGGCAGCAAGCCCAUUGGAUUUACCUCCUACCAGGGCGAUUUCACCAUCGAGGUGCCGCCCUCUACCCAGCGGCUGGUGGUGACUUUCGUGGAACCCAGUGGUGAUUUCAUGGACACUGUCAGGGUCCUGCCUUUUGACCCUCGAGGUGCCGGUGUGUAUCACGAGGUCAAGGCCAUGCGGAAGAAAGCACCCGUCAUCUUAGAUGCCAGCCAGACCAACACGCUCCCCCUCGGGGAGCUGGAAGAAGAGCCCCCGUUGGGCCAACUGGUCUUCCCACCAGGAGCCUUCCGCAGAGCGGACGGGGAACCCUAUUCUGGAGCUGUGGAGGCCCGUGUGACCUUUGUGGACCCCCGAGAUCUCACCUCGGCGGCGGCUGCCCCCAGUGACCUGCGUUUUGUGGACAGUGAUGGCGAUUUGGCCCCACUGCGUACCUAUGGCAUGUUCGCGGUAGACCUCCGGGCCGCUGGCUCCAUGGAGCAGCUGCAGGCCGGGCCCCUGGCGGUGCGUGUGGCCACUGGCCAGAUCCGUAUGGCGGGCCAUGUGGAGGCCCUCAAGCUGUGGUCGCUGAACCCCGACACAGGUUUGUGGGAAGAGGAGAGCGGCUUCCAUCGCGAGGAGUCAGCGGCCCCACGGGUCCGCCGGGAAGAGCGAGUCUUCCUGGUGGGCAAUGUGGAGAUCCGCGAGCGGCGGCUGUUCAAUCUAGACGUGCCUGAGCGCCGCCGCUGUUUCGUGAAGGUGCGCGCCUACGCUAACGAGAAGUUCGCCCCUAGCGAGCAGGUAGAGGGCGUGGUGAUCACGCUGGUUAACCUGGAGCCAGCUCCCGGCUACUCCGCCAAUCCCCGCGCCUGGGGCCGGUUUGAUAGUGCGGUUACAGGCCCCAACGGUGCCUGCCUUCCUGCCUUCUGCGAUGCAGACCAGCCAGAUGCCUACACAGCCCUGGUCACGGCCACCCUGGGUGGGGAGGAACUGGAGCCCGCCCCCUCCAGGCCUCGCCCUCUCCCGGCCACCGUGGGCGUGGCCCAGCCCUACUUGGCUAAGCUGGGGUACCGCCGCACUGACCAUGACGACCCUGCGCUGAAACGAAACGGCUUCCGCAUCAACCUCGCCAAACCCAGGCCUGGUGACUCCGCUGAAGUCAACGGCCCCAUAUACCCGUGGCGCAGCCUGCGGGAGUGCCAGGAGGCCCCGGUGACCGCCAGCCACUUCCGUUUCGCACGCAUGGAGGUGGACAAGUACGAGUACAACGUUGUCCCAUUCCGAGAGGGCGCGCCAGCCUCCUGGACUGGAGAUCUCCUGGCCUGGUGGCCCAACCCACAGGAGUUCCGAGCCUGCUUCCUCAAGGUUAAGGUCCAAGGUCCGCAAGAGUACAUGGUACGCUCCCACAACGUGGGGGGCAGCCACCCACGUACUCAGGGCCAACUCUAUGGGCUGCGGGAUGUCCGCAGCGUCCGAGACCCACAGCGCCCUGGAACGUCUGCUGCCUGUGUGGAGUUCAAGUGCAGUGGAAUGCUGUUCGACCAGCGACAGGUGGACAGGACGCUGGUGACCAUCAUGCCCCAGGGCAGCUGUCGUCGUGUAGCGGUCAAUGGGCUCCUCCGGGAUUACUUGGCCCGGCAUCCCCCACUUGCCGCAGCCGAUGACCCGGCCACCUUUGCCAUGCUGGCCCCACUGGACCCUCUGGGUCACAACUAUGGUGUCUACACGGUCACUGACCAGAGCCCAAGGCUGGCCAAGGAGAUUGCUAUUGGCCGCUGCUUCGAUGGCUCCUCUGACGGCUUCUCCAGAGAGAUGAAGGCUGAUGCGGGCACAGCUGUCACGUUCCAGUGCCGGGAGCCAGCGGCUGGCCGGCCCAGCCUCUUCCAGAGGCUGCUGGAGUCCCCGGGGAGAGCACUUGGAGACAUCCGCAGGGAGAUGAGCCAGGUGGCCCAGGCCCAGGCCCGAGCCCAGGGUCCCCUCCGUACCCGACGGGGCAGGGCCUGGCAGUGACCUGGGCCCCAGCUUCCCUCCUCUGCCUUGCUCUGGACUUCUCUGUCCCUGGGAAGUCUCACCCCCUUCUCCAGAUGUCGCUUCCCCGCCACCUGCUCAGAAUUCAGAGUCAAGUCCUGUGGUGGAAAUGCCAGGCAGGCGAUUAUUGGUGUCUGACAUUAAAGAGAGUCGAAGUCCAUCCUGACUGUGGGAGCCAGCGUCUGGGGAGACCUCGCAGGCUGGAGGGAACGGCUCCCAGAUCACCUGCCAGCUCUGAUUUCAGUUGUAUUUUGACCCUGAUUUCAAAUAUUCUACCCCUUGGGAUGUCUGACCUUUGGCCUAAAGCCCCCUGUGUGUCACUGAGCUGCUUUAUCAGGUCCUCUGCCCCAGGCUUUGUUCUUGGGGUUAUUUAUUAAAACAUAG